CUGAAUCAACUGAGCUAAGAAAAGCAAACAAGAUGCCCACCAGCGAGCGUUUAGACUGCCAUUACUGCAAAGACUCCCUGCUGGGGAAGAAGUACAUAAUGAAAGAGGACACGCAGUACUGCACUAAGUGCUACGAGAACUUGUUCGCUAACAGCUGCGAGGCAUGCUCCUUACCAAUCGGCUGUAACUGCAAGGAUCUCUCCUAUAAGGAUCGUCACUGGCACGAACAGUGCUUCAAGUGUGGCAAGUGCAGCCGUUCUCUAGUGGAAAAGGCCUUUGCUGCCAAGGAUGAUUUGUUGCUCUGCACUGAGUGCCAUGCACAGGAUUACUCCUCCAAGUGUACCACCUGCAAGAAAACCAUCAUGCCAGGUUCCCGCAAAAUGGAAUACAAGGGGAACAGCUGGCAUGAGACCUGCUUCCUGUGUCACCGCUGCCAGCAGCCAAUAGGAACCAAGUCCUUCAUCCCUAAAGACACCGGUUACUUCUGUGUGGCCUGCUUCGAGAAGCAGUUUGCAUACCAGUGCUCCGCUUGUAAGAAGGCCAUCACAACAGGUGGGGUGACCUACCAAGAGAAGCCCUGGCACCGCGAGUGUUUUCUGUGCAUUGGAUGCAGAAAGCAGCUGUCAGGCCAGCGCUUCACCACCAGAGAAAAUUACCCCUACUGCCUGGAGUGCUUCAGCAACCUAUACGCAAAGAAGUGUGUGGGCUGCACCAAGCCCAUUACUAGUCUGGCAGGAGCCAAGUACAUCUCCUUUGAGGAACGCCAGUGGCACAGUGAGUGUUUCACCUGCAUGCAGUGCUCUGUGUCACUGGUGGGACGUGGCUUCCUCACCCAGCGUGACAACAUUUUGUGCACUGACUGCGGGAGGGACAAAUGACCUUUACAUGCCAGGAUCACAGCUCUACCCAAAUGACAACAACGCCUGCUGUCUGAUAGAAAUACUGUGGAUCUAGGAAAGUCUCCCACAAGAAUGCCUUGCACAUAAAAAGCCUUCAAGUGUCAUUAUUUUGGUGU